GUUGCGUCAUCCUGCCAAUUUUUAUGGCAGUUUUGCAGAGGUAAACAAUCACACGCUGGUAUGUUGUUAAAUACGGACAUAACGCUCUCUUACAAUUGUGGUUAAUUUACAAUGCAAUCAAUGGAAAAGAAACAUCGCGAGUAUGGGGCGAAUGACAAAGUGAGUGGAGACAAGGAGGAGCGCAAGGAAGGUCGCAAGGGGCGCAAGCCGGGCAGGAAAUCAUCAAAGAUCGACAUGAAGGCCAAGUUGGAACGCAGUCGACAGAGUGCCCGGGAGUGCAGGGCUCGGAAAAAAAUCCGUUACCAAUAUCUGGAUGAAUUGGUAGCGGACAGGGAGAAGGCUGUCUUGCAGCUCAGGAAGGAACUUGAGAUGUAUACACAGUGGGCACGGGCCUUGGAUGAAGGCCACAUCCCUGACUCUGCACUCAAAAUGGUUGAGGAAGAGAAGAGGAAAGAAAGGUUAUCUGACAGGGACACCAAUCGACAAUGUAACCCAUAUCUCUCCUUUGAAUGAUGAAGAGGCAAAGGAUUCAUAUUAAAGAAAGAAGUUUUUUUAAAGUUUUUUAGAAGAAAAGAAAAUUGAAAGUAUUUCAUGGAAUUAAGUUGGACUUAACUUUCAUUGCAAUAUUUUUGUUUGUAGUGAAAUUCACCAAAAACAUGUAAAAAUAUUAGUAUGGACAUUUUUUUGAAUUGUUGUCUUUCAUUUAUUGAUAUGAUAAAAACUAUUUGAAAAACAUUUGUUGAAUUUUAUACUUUUAUGAUGUAAAAGUUGAUGGGUAUGCAAUGAUAUCUCCCAGUGGCUGUUGGUAAAUUUCCUGGACUCGUAAAGUUACGAAAUUUUGCAAUUUAUGGAUCCAUCAGUUUUAUUAGAUAUAUAUAAAUUCUAUAAUUGUUUACAGAGUUUAUAUACAUCUUUUUUUCUUCUUUUUUUUAUGAAAGGACUUAAAAUGUAUUUUUGUAAAUAGCCAAUUCAAAUUUUGUUGAAAGAUGUAAAAAUUUAACUAUAUUAUUUGUUAUGCAAUACAAUUGUUGUAGGAUUUGUUUUGUUUUUAUGUUUGAGUUUAAAAUGCUUAAAUUAUGUCUCUUUUGCUUUAGGAUUGAUUAUUUUCACAUUGUUUCAAUUUUUUAGAUGUAAAUUUUAUAUUGAUUUAUUUUAAUAUCCAGUUAACAAAUUGCUUUCAGUUGUUGCUUUUUAAAAAAUUGUUAACUGAAUAAAAAGAUGAAUGAUUUUGGUGAAGUAUUUGUGUAUUUAAAUUUUGUUGUUAAAUAAAGGAUGAUGAGAUUGAA